ACCGUCUCAGUUGUCGGUGAGGCCGGCGGGGCGGAUCCCACACUAGAGUGAAAGAGAAAAUAAAGCAACACAACAAUAGUAACAACUCGGCCUUUUCGUACAAUUCGCUAGCAAGCUCCCCAGUGGAUAUAUAACAUCAAGAUGCCCUCAGCAAUGAAUGCAAAUAGGACAGUGCAAUCUGCCAGCCCAGAUGUGGGAUCCGCUCCAGGGUCAAUGGGCAAUUUUUCACUCGGUGGACAGUCUGAAGUCUUGAAGCAAGUGCUGUGUGUUAUCGACAAGAAGGUCCGCAACAUGGAAAAGAAAAAGAGCAAACUGGAUGAUUAUCAAGUCAGGAAGGAUAAAGGGGAGGGUCUCAACCAGGACCAGCUGGAAGCCCUCUCCAAAUACCAGGAAGUCAUGAAUAACUUGGAGUUCGCCCGAGAGUUGCAGAAGACGUUUAUUGCUUUGGGACAAGAUAUCCAGAAGGUGGUGAAGAAGUCUGCACGGCGGGAGCAGCUGCAGCGGGAGGAGGCAGAGCAGAGAAGGCUGAAGACAGUUCUGGAACUGCAGUUCCUCCUGGACCGGCUGGGCGAUGACACUGUGCGACAGGACCUGAAACAGGGAGUCGGCGGCACACCGCUGCUGACAGAUGGAGACCUCGCAGCUUUCGAUGAGUUCUACAAGUUAGUGGGGCCAGACCGUGACCAAAACGUCAGGUUGGCUGACCAGUAUGACGAUGCGUCUGUGCACCUCUGGGACCUGCUAGAAGGGAGGGACAAGGCUGUGGUUGGAACAACAUACAAGGCACUGAAAGAGACUUUGGACCAGAUUCUGCUGAGCGGGUACUUUGACCGGAUUCCAUCUCACCAAAAUGGAGUGUGUGAGGAUGAAGAAGAGGAAGAGCCAGCAGCAGCAACAGCAGCAGCAGCAGCCGCCGCCGCCGCCGCCGCAGCAGCAGCAGCAGCAGCAGCAGCAGCAGCCUCCGCCGCUGCAGCAGCAGCAGUAGCAGUAGCUGAAUCGUCAGAAGCAGAAGAGCAGACUGUUGAUCCAGAAACUGAAAUAAUUGAGGAGUUCACAGAGCCCAUUGCAGUGGAAACAACAGAGUUUGUAAACAGACAGUUCAUUCCAGACGGCACAUACAGUGGCAGUGAGAAGGAGCAGGGGGAUGAGUGGACCAGGGAAACAGAGGCAGUUGGUGCCUUGCAGCAGCAGCAGCAGCAGCCUGUGCAGCCUGCAGCUCCCCCCGUCGCCCUGGAGACCCACCCCAUGAACCUAACGUCUCCUGCACCGCCUACUGACCCCAUGGUCAGGAAGCAGGUGGUGCAGGACUUAAUGGCACAGAUGCAGGGAACUUACAACUUCAUGCAGGACUCCAUGUUGGAGUUUGAUGGACAGGCCAUUGAUCCAGCAAUUGUAUCGGCGCAGCCCAUGAAACCUGCUCAGAACAUGGACGUACCACAGAUGGUUUGUCCUCCAGUUCUCCCUGAGUCCCGGCUAUCGCAACCCAACUCUGUUCCUGUCCAACCUGAGCCCACACAAGUCCCCAUCGUCUCCCCAACGCCGCCGCCCAUGUAUCAGACCUCACACACGCCAGAUCCUCGACCGUCAACAGAAUCCAUUGACCCUAUUCAGACCUCCAUGUCCUUGUCGUCGGAGCAGCCUCCACCCUCUACAGCUCUCCCUCCUGCCUCUCAGACGCAGGUUUUCCAGCCAGUUUCCAAAGCUCCUCACAGCAGUGGCAUUAAUGUCAACGCAGCACCAUUCCAGUCAAUGCAGACAGUGUUCAACCUUAAUGCCCCAGUCCCGCCAGCUAAUGAGACCGAGGCUUUGAACCAGGCCAGCCAGUACCAGAACAGCUACAACCAGGCCUUCAGCAGCCAGUCGCAGCAUCCUGUGGAGCAGACAGAGAUGCAGUCAGAGCAACUGCAGUCUGUAGUCGGUGCCUUCCAUUCCCAAGACCAGUCAGGAGGCCAUCAGCAGCCUUCUCAGCAGGGCCCAGGGUUUGGCAGGCAGACUCAGUCCUUCUACAACAGCAGAGGCAUGUCUCGUGGAGGACCCCGCAACGCCAGGGGCAUGAUCAAUGGCUACAGAGGCUCUUCGAAUGGAUUUAGAGGUGGCUAUGAGGGUUAUCGUCCUCCUUUCGCCAACACUCCAAACUCUGGAUAUGGACAGACUCAGUUCAAUACACCUCGGGAUUACUCAAAUGGGAACUAUCAGAGGGAUGGUUACCAACAGAACUACAAGCGCGGUGCUGGCCAGGGCCCCAGAGGAGUGUCGAGAGGCAGCACUCAAGCAAUGCGAUCCUGAGAAGGCCUUUCAUAAUGACUGUGACUGAUUAACUUGCACCACACUGAAAAUUCAGAAUUCAAGAAUGCAUUUGCCCCAAGCUCACUCAUGCUCUCUUUUGUUUGUUCUUCAUCAGUGGUAUUUUUCCUGUCUCUUCAAUCAAAGUAAUGCCUGCUUUGAUAUUUGGAAAUAUUGAAUCAUUUAAAGUUUAAAACACAAGCUAAGCUGUAAAUCCAAUCAUUGAUUACACAAGCCAUGUGUUUCAAUAUUCCUGUAAACUUGAAAGAUUUCAUAAGUUAUUUUUUUGUAUAAAAAAAAUGCACCUGCCACUGCUGGUCCAAUCCUUGGGAGUUUUUUCUCUUUUUUUCCCCCCUUUCUCAGUUCUUUUCUGUCAUUUUGGUUCUAAAGAAAAGCGUUUUAUGUUCGAUGAGCUCCCGUUUCCUUGUUUGUAAAUUGAUGUUGCUUCAAGAGUUUCAAUAAAGUUGUGUUGCAUACCCAU